AUGUCUGAGUUUCAUGAGGGCUGUGUUGCCUUUGUCACUGGUGCCGCCUCAGGAAUCGGCCUCGCAACAGCCCGCCAUCUUGUUUCCGUAGGAAUCACCAAAAUCGCCCUCCUCGAUCUCUCUUCAGACAGCUUAAACAAUUUACCCACAGCUCUCACUCAACUCUCACCCAAAACAGAGGUUCUCAUCCUCCCAACAGACGUCUCUCAAGAACAGGAAGUCGAAGCCGCGGUCAAGCAGACCGUGGAUAGAUUCGGGAGAAUCGAUAUCGCGUUCCUGGCUGCGGGGAUUAGUGGGAGUAUGGAAGCUUUUGAGACUUCGGAGGUCGAAGCGCUGGAUAAGGUGUUGGGUGUCAAUUUGAGGGGCGUGUGGUUGUGUGAGAGGGCUGUUGUGAAGGUUAUGUUAGGGCAGGAGGAGAGGGGUUUGACGACGGGAUUGCCAUACAAAACGAGAGGGAGUAUUGUUAAUGUUGGGAGUGUGUGUAGUCAUAUUACUAUGGUUCCGAAUCUAACGCCUUAUGUUAUGGCUAAACAUGGUCUUCUUGGUCUCACGAGAAGUACGGCUAUGGAUUUGGGACCUAAAGGUGUUCGAGUCAACUGUGUCAGUCCAGGAUGGAUCAAGACUGCCAUGACGAAAGAGGGGCAUGAGAAUAAGGAAGCUUCGGACGCAAGUUGUGCUAGAGUACCAAUGGGAAGAUGGGGUUCUCCUGAGGAAGUGGCAUAUCUGGCGACUUUUCUGUUGAGUGAUAAAGCUAGUUAUUUGACUGGAGGUUCAUACGAGGUGGAUGGUGGAAUGUUGUGUGCGUAA